GUGGGCUUGACGGAGAGCAGAACGCCUCAUUCACUUCAUCCGCAGCUGACUGGAGCACGGACAGGACCAGCAAACAACUCUCCCUUCCUGCCGCAGCCGUCACUACUUUUGCAAAGCACACAGGCUGCAGAGGCAUCAUGUCGUCAACCCUUCUCUUAUUAGGCCUUCUUACUAUGCCAGGAUUCAUCACAGCCCCCUCAACGACAACGGCCAACACUCAGUCCACCGCUUCCUCUACGUCUAUAGGCUCUUCAUCAAGCACACCCUUAUCCACAGUUUCGGUAACAACCCCCACCAUGCAGUGGUCCACCAUGACCACCAACCCUGCAAGCGGAGCACCCACUACCACUGCAGCUGCCACCCAGGCCACGGCAGGCACAACCUUAUCCACAGAGUCAGCAGCCAGCACCAUGAUGUGGUCUGCCAGUAGCACCAGCCUUGUAAGUGGUGGACCAACAACCACUGCUGCUGCCACCCAAACCCCCACAAGCUCGGGCACAGCAACCGGCACCAUGCAGCCAGUGACCGGAGGAACAACCGCUGCUGGUUCUACACUUAUGGCAUCUGUUAGCUCAGUCAGCGCUCCUGACACAGGAACCAACUCUGCCUCCUCCACAGCCACACCCAUGUCCACAGCGACCAUGAAGACCACCGCUUCACAGACCUCCGUGAGUUCAAGCACUGGCUCUUCGACCUCCAUGCCAACCACGACCACAACCUUAUCCACAGGGUCAGCAGCCAGCACCAUGAUGUGGUCUGCCAGUAGCACCAGCCUUGUAAGUGGUGGACCAACAACCACUGCUGCUGCCACCCAAACCCCCACAAGCUCGGGCACAGCAACCGGCACCAUGCAGCCAGUGACCGGAGGAACAACCGCUGCUGGUUCUACACUUAUGGCAUCUGUUAGCUCAGUCAGCGCUCCUGACACAGGAACCAACUCUGCCUCCUCCACAGCCACACCCAUGUCCACAGCAACCAUGAAGACCACCGCUUCACAGACCUCCGUGAGUUCAAGCACUGGCUCUUCGACCUCCAUGCCAACCACGACCACAACCUUAUCCACAGGGUCAGCAGCCAGCACCAUGACGUGGUCCAUUGGUAGCACCAGCUUUGCAAGUGGGGUACCAACAACCACUGCCGCUGCCACCCAGUCCCUCACAAGCUCACCCUUAUCUACAGGUUCAGUAACAACCCCCACCAUGCAGUGGUCCACCACCACCACCACCAACCCUGCAAGCGGGGCACCCACCACCACAGCAUCUGCCGGCCAGGCCACCACAGGCACAACCUUAUCCACAGGGUCAGCAGCCAGCACCAUGAUGUGGUCCACCAGUAGCACCGGUCUUGCAAGUGGUGGACCAACAACCACUGCUGCUGCCACCCAGACCCCCACAAGCUCACCCUUAUCCACAGGCACAGCAACCGGCACAAUGAAGCCAGUGACCGGGGGAACAACUGCUGCUGGUUCUACACUUACGCCAUCUGUUAGCUCAGUCAGUACUCCUAACAUAGGCACCAACUCUGCCUCCUCCACAGCCACACCCAUGUCCACAGCAACCAUGACGACCACCGCUUCACAGACCUCUGUGAGUUCAAGCAGUGGCUCUUCGGCCUCCAUGACUACCACCACCACAACCUUAUCCACAGGGUCAGCAGCCAGCACCAUGACGUGGUCCAUUGGUAGCACCAGCCUUGCAAGUGGGGUACCAACAACCACUGCUGCUGCCACCCAGUCCCUCACAAGCUCACCCUUAUCUACAGGUUCAGUAACAACCCCCACCAUGCAGUGGUCCACCACCACCACCAACCCUGCAAGCGGGGCACCCACCACCACUGCAUCUGCCGGCCAGGCCACCACAGGCACAACCUUAUCCACAGGGUCAGCAGCCAGCACCAUGAUGUGGUCCACCAGUAGCACCGGUCUUGCAAGUGGUGGACCAACAACCACUGCUGCUGCCACCCAGACCCCCACAAGCUCACCCUUAUCCACAGGCACAUUAACCGGCACAACGAAGCCAGUGACCGGGGGAACAACUGCUGCUGGUUCUACACUUACGCCAUCUGUUAGCUCAGUCAGUGCUCCUAACACAGGAACCAACUCUGCCUCCUCCACAGCCACGUCCAUGUCCGCGACGUCCAUGUCCACCAUGACCAUGACGACCACCGCUUCACAGACCUCCGUUAGUUCGAGUACUGGCUCCUCGACUUCCAUGACGACCGCAACCUCUGCUGGUAGCAUGCCGACAACUGCAAUGAGCAUGCUAUACUGUCCCGAAUUCUCGUGCAACUACUCAGACUGCAACGCCAUGUACGGCAGUCAAAAUGCAACGCAAUGUGCCGCUGGUCAGUGGUGUAAGCUGUGCAAGAUGGACAUGUACUACUACAUGGCGAGCUGCAGCGACUCCUGCGGCCGCCUCUGCUCCAACGACUCCUGGACCAACUGCACCGUGGAUUGCUGCAAUGGAACCAACUGCCUCAACGACACCUUUGCGUCCAUGAUGAUGACGAUGAUGUCCACAGCUGCUCCAACCACCGCACCCGUCACCACGGCCGUGGUCACCCCGCCGCUAACAACAGCAGAUGACAGUAACAAAUGCCAUCAAGGGGUGUGCACCGGGGCUACUUGCUACACGAGCAUCAGCACACCAAUGAAGUGUUCCUCCACACAGCUGCACUGUCAGCUGAAAAAAGAGAUGGCGGGCUCAGACAUGCGGUGGACAGCCGGCUGCACGACCAACUGCUUGGACCAAACGGCGUGCACAGCCACCACGCAGCCGCCGUGCCACCUGGAGUGCUGCAACGCCACCCUCACUUCCUGCCUGUGGCUGAACGGCACCAUGAACGUCUUUUCGUCCGCCACCGGAGGUCCUCUCCGUCAAGCGGGACUCGUGACCUUUUUACUCGGCUUUCUGCUCGCUUCCGGGUUCCUGCUGUGAGAAAGCACAUCCAAAGUCUUUAUUCGUCGCUGAUUGUAUGUACAGGAUGUUUGGAAUCACGUUUAAAAAGGGUUGUUUUUUUUGUCUAAAGACCGGUGACAAUUUGAUUUGAAAAUAUUCAUAGAGAAAUGCAGGAAUCAGAAGCAUGAUCACAUUACUCAAUAACUACUGCAGGUGUGCCUAAUAAUAUUGUGCAUUUUUUCAUUGUCCUCUCUUAAAGCCAUUUGUGAGAAUAACGCAGCUGUGACAAUAUAUGAUGCACUUUACGCAAGCUGUUACAUGUUUGUUUUUUUCUCUAAAAGGAAUUUUUAAGAUUGUUUAGAUUCUAAUUCAAUUGGUCUAUAUCGUGCUUUUUUCCCCCCGUUUUUCCUGUGCAUUGUGAUUACUUUUGUGUCGUUUUUUUAGGCAAACAUGUCAAACAAAGCCAAUUUA